AUGGCUUGGGCUGAUAAACACACGGAGCAAAACACCUGCCCAGUUCAAACCAUUGGAACGUCCGGUAAUGAAAGCACUUUAACUGAAGAGACAUCAGCAAAGCGGGUCAAAAAGAAUAUCAAUGUUUUGCCUUCAGUUGCUCGAAUGCUUCAUGUUGAUCAUCGAGAUAACAAUCCUAACCCUGUUGAUGUUUUAUCUCUUGACUUGCGACUUAGUGAUGAUCAGUUACAAUGUUUCGCAUUAGUUGAAAUAGAGAAGUUAUUGCAGGCCAACGGAAAGUCUCUCAAAAACUAUAACGGUCAUUUUGCUGUCCAUUUCCUUAGCUCUGGUAGUAAGUCCAAGGAAGGUGUAUAA